AUCUUGAUCAGUUUCGGGUCGGGAACUAGGUCGACGACGACUGCUGGGCUCAAUGUCCGGCAGUACCAUGGACCGGUGGGUGGAUCGAGCGUGGUCCAACAUCAUGGGGGUGUUCGGACGGUCAACGUUGUCGCCGGCUCCAACGGUGCCGUUGGCACGACGGGCUUCGGCAUCGCAGUCCCCGUCGAUAUCGUGCACCGAUCCCCGUUGUCGGCGGUCCAUGCCUUCGUCGUCACACAGCCGUCGCCCGCACAGUCGCAACACAAGCACUCCAAUGCCGUCGUCCUUGAUUCAACUGCCGCGAUGCGACGAGUUCCAAACGUUGCGCACCUAUGACAUUGAUCGCUCGGUGCAUCAUGCAAGGCGGUACCCUCGGUUCACAUUCGUCAUGGACGAGCACCCGAUCCGAUCGUUGGAGCCUACGAUCGGUCCCACCACGGGAACAUUACUCCAUCUUGUCGCUCAUCUCGUGGAGCAGGUCGACCGCGCCAUCACCGCCGGCGAAAUCACCACCACCGACCACGGACGGAAUUGGAUCAAUCGGUUACAUGCCCAAAUCCUUGUCUCCCUUCACGGACCAUCGCGUCUGGGGAACGGCCCUUCGUCCGCGGCCGCCGUCCGCGACAUCCACACCGCGUUGCAAGCGCAGCUCGACUCGCGCGACAUUGUCUUGGUCGCCAUUUGGCAAGACUGGUAUGCCCUCGAAUGGCGGCGCAUUUUGCACUUGGCUUCCAUGUCCAAGCCGCCAUCCUUGUCCGCGUUGCCACCCACUCGACCAAAGAAGCUUCUCGUUCUGGACUUGGAUCGAACGUUGUGGUUCCGGUCGUAUCGCCCCUUUGACACGGCAGACUUUGUCGCAGUUUACCAACUGCCCCAAACUCAAGUGACCAGCUCCAUCUACGUGUCCAUCCGCCCGGGCGCGCAGUUUCUCUUGGACUCUGUCGCACCAUUUUACGACAUUGCCGUGUUUACAGCCAGCGACCGCAAAUGCACGGACGACCUGGUCGACUUGCUCGAUGUCAAGCGGUUGAUUCAGUAUCGGUUGUAUCGUGAUAUUUGCACCACAGACACCACCAACACGAAUGUCUUGCGCAAAGACUUGAGCGUCACAGGUCGCCCUGUCACAGACGUCAUCGUCGUAGACGACAACCCUAUCGCAUGGACGGGAUGGUUGGCCAACACCGUUGUUUGCAAACCAUAUAUCGGAAGCAAUCGCGAUGUCGAAAUGUACAGCCUCACACACAAGCUGUUGGCGUUGUACGAUGUCGCAGACGUUCGCGUCCAUGUUGCCCCCCUGUCGACUUCCACCUCCCAAGUAGCUUAAAACCUUUCGCCGAGGGUAUGCUGCAGUUGCAUAAGUGCUUGGUGCAGCCCCGCCAGACCAUUUUGUGACGAUGAAGGCGAUUUGGUUUUGACGACGUGGAUGUCGUGGGCAAUAACGACAAUGGCGAUUACGACCGCGAUCAAGUUGCCCGCGGCCAUGAUGAAGAAGGGCGCGGUGGGCUGCCACCCAUCAAAGAGGUACCCGCCGAGUUUCGAAGCGACCAUGAUGCCCACAGUGCCCGAGAACGAAUACGCGCCGGAAAUGGCGCCGCGGAGGUGGCUCGGGAUCGCUUUCGACGUCACGACCGACAGCGACGACACGAUGAUCGCCAUUUCGCCAACCCCGACCAGCACCACGACUGCAAACAGAACGUUCGCCAACGGAUUCGGGCACAUGAACAGCCACAAGUACGAGACCAAGCCGAGGACGGUAGCUAAGAGCACCACCAGCGGCCGGUACAGCUUGUCCCCGAGCCAUCCAAAGAACGGGGCAGCCACCAUGGCGGCGGUCUGCGCGACGCCGCUCAAGAUGGACGCGCGGAUGUAAGCAUCCCGGCAGUCGGUCUUGAUCGUCUCCGAGUCGGCGGCAUUCGCAGACGCGCACAUGUUGUUGUCCACGUAGUACUUGUAUACCCAUAACGGCAGGAAGAUGGUAAUGAUGAUCGUGUUGCCUCGCGCGAGAAAUCCACCAAAGUACCCCUACAACAUGGGUGAGAAGCAAACGUGAAGAAGAAGGUUUCUGUCGUCAGACGUACAAGUAGGACUUUGCCAUCUUUCGCGGCCGCGUACCCGGCGCGAAGGCCCGCAAGGAACGACACUUGCUUUGAUGUGGCUUGGGAACCAGUGGAUGGGGAUGACGAGGCGGUAGUGUCGUCGUCGGUGGCGUACAUGAGCGUGGUGGACAUGGGAUUCGUUAACUGUUUGGGGCGCAAGGCAAAAAACAAAAACACACCAAAUAACGCGCAAAUGGCCGCGACGACGCUAUAGGUCACUCGCAGUCCCUGGACUUGAUCCGCGUACUUGGCGGGCAUGCGCAGGAACACAAACACGGCGACGAGGGCGCCGAUGCCCGACAUGAGCCCGACGAGGCCGCUCACUUUGCCGCGAUCCUUUUCGGACGAGUAGUCGGCCAGCACCGCCGUGAGCAUGGACGAUGUGGCCGCGCCCCCAAAGGCAAAGAUUCCGCGGAACAAGAUCAAGUCUGGGGACAGCGACGACGCAAACGGAUACAGGACUAGCCCAAUGCCCAUAAUGACAAAGCCCGAGCUGUAGAUACCGCGGCGCCCCCAUCGAUCGCUGAGGACACCCCACACCGACACCAUCACGAGAGAGAUGCACUCGUCAAAGAGUGUGAGGUUCCCAGAGAUGUUGCCAAUCACGUCCAAGUUGAUGUGCAAGAUUUGAUUCAGGACAAACCCUUGCGUGGAACUGAGGAACACAAACAUGCAAAUCGCAAGCCCCGAGGCCAAGAUGAACGCAAUGAAGUUGAGCGACGUCACAUGCUCUUUCACCGCCACGACCUUCAUGAACUUCCACGUCCGAGACUCGGCCGUCGUGUACAUGGUUGC